UUUUGUCGAUCAAGGAAUUAUUUAUACAUUGAUAUGGCUGGAAAAAAAGGAAAAGAAUUAGCGUUGUCUAUGUUGAGAGUGUUACCUAGAGUGACAUUAUCAAAUAUUCGAGAUAAUCCUGGUUCAAGAAAAAAGACAGGCCAACGCGGCAGAGGUCAACAUGGUGGUAAUAAACACGGUGCUGGAAAUAAAGGUUCUGGGCAAAGACAAAACUAUAUGCGCUUGGGAUAUGAGACUGGCAAUACCCCUUUUUAUCUGAGAUUUGGUGCAGAACCUUACUACAAGGGUCACCAUUUGAGACGAGAAUAUCCACCGCUUAGUUUACAACAACUACAGAUGUUUAUUGACUUGAAUCGGAUAGAUAUCACUAAGCCCAUCGAUCUUGUAUCACUCUUAAAUACUCAAUUAUAUUCUAUUAAUGUAAAUUGGAAACACGCGGGCGUUCAUUUGACAGACGAGGGUGCACAUUGUUUUAAAGCUAAAAUAAAUAUAGAAGUACAAUGGGCUAGUGAACCUGUAAUUGCAGCAAUUGAGAGAAAUGGCGGUGUAAUUACAACUGCUUACUAUGACAUGCAAUCCCUUCAUGCCAUGUGUGACACAGAAAAAUUUUUCCGCAAAGGUGAACCGAUACUGCGUCGAUUUUUACCGCCAAAUGAUUGCCUGGAAUAUUAUUCCAGCGCCACUACAAGAGGAUAUUUAGCCGAUCCUGAAAAGAUUUCUCAGGAAAGAUUGGUUUUGGCGCAAAAGUACGGCUACGAAUUACCGAAAAUUGAGGACGAUCCCGAUUACGAAAUGCUAUGCGAGCGUAAGGAUCCGCGACAAUUGUUUUAUGGUCUGGAACCAGGUUGGGUGGUCAGUCUUACUGAUAAAGCGAUAUUGAAACCCAAAGCCGAAUAUCUGAAGGAGUAUUAUGCAAGUUGAAGUAUGAGAAUAUAGAACAUAGUGUAAAUGGACUAGAUUUAAUAAUAAAUAAUAUUCUAAUGAUACAACAUACACACACAUAAAACUGCUCCUGUUUAAAAUUAUCCGACUAAAUAUAUAAUUAAUUAUUAAAUAUAAUAUUUUAGUAAAUACCUUUUAAUAAAAUAAUUAACAGCGAUCGACUAACAUUUUUAAAUUUGAUAGCACGAAAUCUCGUAGAAUGUAGAAAAUCAAAAUUUCGUACAAAAUCGAUUUUGUAAAAUUGAUUUGUUUGACGGUGAUUGAUUGAGAUCGAACUGCGAUUUAAUCGAUUCUGUAGUCGGAACAACCGCGUACCACUACUCGCUCGUGUCCCAUGGUAAUGUUUAUGUUCAAAUACAAAGCAGACAGUGCUGAAAUUUUAAACAUUUCCAAAAUGAAUCUCGCGCAUCUUGAGAAAAAUACGAAAGCAAAAAAAGAUGAUUCAAUGCGAAAAAUAUUGAGGCCAAAAGGUGGUAAUUUGGAAAGAGCUGUCAAAAAUGUGCAACAAAUCUUGAAG